AAAAAAAAUAAUGAUGGUGAAUUACAAUACGAUCAUGAUGUUCAAGAAUUUGAAAAUCUGCCUUUUAAAAUCAAAAUCGAAACUAUUGAUGGAGAAGAUAAUUGUGUAAGAUUAGUUUUUUUAAACGAUCAAGAUAAAGAAGACAUUGUUCCAGAUGAAGCUGAACGUGAAAAACGUGAGAAAAAAGAAAAUAAAAGAUUAAAUGAUGCAAUUAAUAGUAUCACAGGUUUAGAUUUAAAUGAUAGUGAAUAUGACGAUGAAGAUUCUGAUAAUAAUAUGGAUAUAAAAAAUGAAUAA